UAAAAUAAUUAUACUUCUAAUAAGUUCUUCUUGUAAGUGCUAGUGUAUAAAUAAUGUUGCAUACAUGGAUUUGAAAGUUGCCUAAAUAUACACACGUAGGUGUAAUAAAAAAAAGCAUAUGAUAAAAAAUUUAUUUAAACUAUAUCCGGUUUAUUGUGUAAAUAUUUGAAAGUAUUUUUUGCAAAACAAGUAGCAAAAUGGUUUCAUACUACAAUCCAAUGACUUAUUCCCAGAAACAUAAUCCAACUACUUUGAAUUAUCCGCCUGCACAACCAUGGCAGUGGACGGCAAAUUAUUCUACGUCAGCAAAUCAUCAACUACUGAACGAAAUGGAAUCAUCACAUAACCAUCAUCAAGUAUACUAUAAUACACAUCAUAUGUUUCAUCCAACUGGUGGUUCUACCGCAGAGUGGCAUUCUCCAUUAUCGACAACUGACAACUUAUUACAAAGUACAAAUGUGCAACAACUUAUUAAUGAAUCAAAUGAUGGCACUGUGAUAGGCAACAGUGCUAGUUCUUGUCGAAGUACUAAUUCUAGUGGUCCGUCUACAGUUGAGCUUGUUGGAAUAAAUGAAUCUAGACGUAAUGAUCUUCAUAUCACCGAUGGGGUGCCAUCUCCCACUUUAGUAACAUCGGGGAGUAAUGCAACCAGUCCCGAUGUUUCCUUAUCAACGAAUUCAGUUCAAAAUUCUUCAAAUAAUACUGUAACUGGUAUAGUAAAUUCCGCUUAUAAUAACCAUACAUCUCCUGUAAAGACACAGUAUUACGAAUGGAUGAAAAAACCUUCGUAUCCCACUCAACCGGCUCCUGGCAAAACUCGCACGAAGGAUAAAUAUAGAGUGGUAUAUAACGAUUUUCAGCGAUUAGAGCUUGAAAAGGAAUAUUGUACAUCAAGAUACAUAACUAUACGUCGUAAAACUGAGCUGGCUCAAAUUCUUUCUUUAUCCGAAAGGCAAGUGAAGAUUUGGUUUCAAAAUAGAAGAGCUAAAGAACGAAAGCAAAACAAAAAAAAUGCUGAUACUUCCAUACUAGCUGGUUCAGUUUCUCAAUGUGACCACCCGAAUUCAAUUGUCCCAAAGCCAAAAAUAGAACCAGGGCUUCACCUCCAACACACUUUACAUUCAAUGACAACUAUAAAUAUGCCAACUAUUGGCUUGCACCGCAUAAGUCAUCACCAUCCGUUCGCAGUAGGAACCCCACCUUCACAUCCAGUGCAUCCACAACAUACAGCGUUGUCAGCAGCUGUAACAACAUCAAUGCCACUUUGACAAUACUGCAAUCACAUUUUAAAAUAGUCAACAUAUAAUAUUACAAUAUUGCAAAACAUACAAUAAAAUUUUUGUAAUAGUUGAACGGUAUUAAACAACU